CCCGCCCCUAUGGCUGAGCAGCCCGUCCCGGAGACAGCCCUGCUGGCCCAGGUGCUGGCUGCAGCCAGCACUGAAGCCCCUUCCCUCCGCGCUGGCCGCCGCGGGUCGCAGCCCCUCGCCCCAGCCCGGGGCACCGAGGAGAGCAAAGCACCGCCCCUGCUCUCCCGCCGCAACUCCAUCCUCAGCCGCCGCAGCUCCUUCGGGAUGCUCCCGGGGAGCAGGCGCCCUUCCAUUGGCCCCUGGAUGCUCCACAGACGUGUUAGCUUCUCUGGGCUCCCAAUUUUCCAACCCAUCCUCAAGAGCCGCCUUGAAAACACUUACAGGAUGGGGCCAGACAAAGGCUGCAAGUUUGAUGCGGAGCGGGUGCAGCGGGUGCUGGAGGGGACCCUGGCCUGCGCCUUGGGGACCACUGCAUACAGUGCCCAGGGCAGUGCCCCACUAGCCCAGAGCCUGACUGAGCUGCUGCACAACCAGGCCAAGGAGGUGGUGCCACCCCGCUACAAGCUGGUCUGCCACGUGGUGCUGGGCCAGCAGGGCCAGCAGAGCCUCGUGGUGGCCAGCCGGGCACUAUGGGACCCUGAGACUGACAGCUUUGCCUCUGCCACCUUCUCCAACGCCUCCCUCUUUGCUGUGGCCACAGUGUACGGGGUCUACUUCGAGUAGCACAUGCCUCUCUGUCCACCCAGUUUUGCAGAG